UAUACAAAAGAACCAUACAAUACAGUAAAUACUGAUCUCUCUCUCUCUCUCUCUCUCUCUCUCUCUAAAAAUGUUGGUGGUGGUGUUGUGGUGGUGAUGAUAACUAAAAUAAUAUUGUUGGUGUAUUAUAAUCCCUGCACCAAGCAAAUGGGGAGUCAUAUUCAACUCCAUCACACUGCUUCUACUUCAUUUCCUCUUCCACUCUUACCACCCAUUUUUUUCUCUGUGCCUUGAUGGCCUCCCUCCUUCCAUCCUUUCUCUCUCCUCUGAUCCUUCUCUCUCCUCCGUCGCUGCUGCUUCAAUCACUUGGUUUUCUUCUCGCCGGCACAAAGUUUGAUCCUUAGAGAUUAAUUGGGCUGAUAGACCACACACCACCACCUUUCAUUUCUUUCAUUUUCUUUGCUUUAAUUUUGAAGGUUGACUCCCUGUUCUCUGAAAUCGCCAAGGAUUCAAAGGUUUGAGGGUUUGAGGGUUUGAAGGAGUCAAUGUCUAGAGAAAAAGAAAUGGAGGGUACUGCAGCAGAAGGAGGAGGAGGAGAAGAAAGCAGGGGGUUGUGUAGAGAUGAAUGCAAUAAUAAUGUUCUCAGUUGUAAGAAAUGGGUGUUUGCUAGUAAUAAUGCCGGAGAAAAGCUUGGAAAUCAAAGCCUGAGCCGCCGUGAAUUUAAAUAUCCACGACAACUUGGGCUCGAAGUUGAUGGUUCCGGUUCCUUAGGAACUGUGCCACGUAAACCGCAGGAUGCAGAUUAUACAAUUCCUCCCCUCCUUGAUGAGGUGGAGGCUUUGAUCUUAGCCAGGGUGCCGAGAUCAGAGUACCGGAAGUUUUGUACCAUAAACAAGCGCUUUUUCGCGCUGUUGAAGAGCGGUGAGCUAUACAAGAUCAGGGCCGAACUUGGGAUUAAGGAACCCUCUGUGUUUGUGUCGCAAUACGGGGAAAAUACGUGGUGGGAAUUUGACAGGAAGUUCAGGUUUUGCAGGAAGCUCCCAAUCCUACCGUCGGAUUCGUGCUUCACGUCAAGCGACAGGGAGUCCCUUUGUGCAGGGACUCAUCUCCUGGUGUCUGGCAGAGAGAUAGAGGGUGUUGUUGUUUGGAGGUAUGACAUGGAAGCAAACCAAUGGGGCAAGGGUCCUAGCAUGAUCAGUCCGAGGUGUAUGUUUGCUUCUGCAACAUGUGGUUCCUACGCAUAUGUGGCCGGCGGGAUGGGAUUGGCAAGUGAUUGGAAAGCCAUGGAUUCUGCUGAGAGAUACAAUCCUGGGACUAAAUCAUGGGAGCCCCUUCCAAACAUGGAGCGAGAGAGGAGGAGCUGCUCCGGCUGUUUCUUGGACAACAAGUUUUAUGUGAUUGGAGGGAAAGAUCGGCAAGGAAGCGAUCUAUUCUGUGCAGAAGCCUUUGAUAUCGAGAAACAAACAUGGGAACUCAUCCCGGACAUGCUAGAAGCUGACUGGACAACUCUAAGAAACCCAUCUCCGCCACUUAUUGCGGUGGUGGCCAACCAGCUCUACUCUCUGGAAACUUCCACAAAUGAGCUCAAGGUGUAUUUGAAGCAAAGCAAGGCAUGGAAGAAGUUGGGAGUCGUUCCAGUAAGAGCUGACGCUACUUCCGGAUGGGGUGUAGCCUUUAAGUCGCUCAGGGACGAGCUACUUGUCAUCCAAUCAUCAUUAGAUGCAUAUGCAGGAGGCCCUGCCCUCAUAUACACUUGCCGCCCUGAUCCAACAGCUGAUGAAUUGCAGUGGCAAGCUCUUGAGCACGGCCACAGCCGCCCUACCCGCUUCAUAGUUAAUUGUUCCGUCAUGGCUGCUUGAAUGCGGUUAACUUCAACCCUAAAAGGUCUGAUUUCUGACUAGGUAGCCGUUUGAUGUGGUGCAUUUAAAUUCCACCCUUCUUUGGUGUCAUGGUAAUAACCAUAAAUAGUCAUCAACUCCCGAGAAAGGGUAAAGGAAUAAGAACUAUCAUGUUAAUGGACACACAUAAUGCAGUGCAGGCAGAUGAUCAAUAUGCUUCAACCAGGUUAUUUUAUUCCACCUCUUAGAAGGCUUUCCACGAGUACAAACUAGUGUUCAAUUUUCCACUUGUUUUUCGAUGUUUGUUGUAUUAUUAUUAAUGUGCGUCUCCCUCCCAAGUCCAAACCUUGUGAUAUAAAACUUGGGGUUUUCUAAUGGAGCUUUCUGAGUUUUUCUGUUCUUC